GGCGCCCCCUCGUGGUCAGUCUGUACAAUAACAACUGCAUGCAGCUCAGAGUUUGGGGUCUUCUUCUUCUAUAAAUGGCCUUUAAAUUAGUGUCCAGACUCUCUGCGUUGACCCUCAGAUUAAACUCUGGUCCGACCGCCUUCAGCUCACUGAGCUCCGGCUGCACUUUAACGGUGAAACACGACCGACAGAAGCAGCUGUUCACCGUCGCUCCGGGCAGCGCGGCUGGGUCCCACGAUGAGUGCGCGGUGCUGCGCUACAGAUUCACCGGGGAGAAGGAGGUGGAUCUGAUGUCCACCUUUGUGCCGGAGACCUUCAGGGGUCAAGGUGUGGCUGCAGUGCUGUCGCAGGUCAGAGCUCCACGUUUCAGAGUGUUGAAAUACUUCGACCACCUCCUCUCAGCCGUCUACAGACUCCAGGUUUGAGCUGAAGUUGAUGUAAAUGAAAAGGGGCGCCAGAAUCAACACGUAAAGUUCCUUGUAGCAGCUUUAAAGGUCCAGUUUUUAACAUUUUGGAGGAUCUAUUGGCAGAAAUGUAACAUAAUAUUCACAGGUAUGUUUUUAUUAGUGUCCUCCCUCACAUCUGGAAGGGGAGGGUGAAGAUAAGGAGCUGCAAUUUGCAACUAAACCGCCAGAUACUUACUAAUAUAAAUAUAUAACAACAGGAUUAAGGACUGGUUGUGUCGUUCAGUGUUUUUAAAAUGGGGGUACGCUCCUCUACUUUAGAGUACUGCAGGAGGUUAAUUUAAAAAAUAUAAAUAUAAUGAGUUAAAUUAAGAAUUGUAAAUGUAAGUUUAAUAAACCACAUUUGACUGCAGUUGAUCCUCAGUGAGUUACUCAUAAAUGAAGGCAAAAAAACCCCCAUUUGAUGUAAACCUGUCGUUCUUCCAGCUCAGGGUCGAAGAUGAAAUCAGCACGUGUUCGGCGAGCGCUGUGUAUAUUGGAUUCACCUAAGAUUAUUUCUGCCUCCAUGGCGACACAAACAGCCCCCGUGGUCGACCGGUGUCGGGAGAUGUGACUGUUGAGCUCGGCAUUAAUCAGGUUUUUAGUUUAAUUUGAGUUGUUUCCCGCAGUUGAGAACUUAUACUUUCAUGAUCAGCUGAUACAGAAGUUAAUCUCUGUGCUGCAGAAGGACAAAAACACCCGGUGUCGGAUACACUUUUACUCCAGGAGAUGUCAGUCUUACUCCAUAGUGAACAUUUGGUCUGCUGUCAAUGUUUGAUUUAUGUCUCAAAUUAGAAAAUGUUCAGAUCCAUUACACCAAUUAAAACCCAACAGAAAACGUCAGUGCCACAUUAAUCAAAGACCGGUUCAACUACAAACCACAUUUCUGAUUUAAAUACAAACUUUAAAUAAAACAAGGAUGAAAAUGAACUCAAAAGCAGUUUAACUCAGUUUCUCAGACAUAUUUUCAGACGUAAUACUGUAAUUUUUCCUGCCAAGUGGUGAUCAAUAACAACAUUAUUAACAAUAACUGAGUACAGUCACAACUGCUCCUGAAUCAAUACUCAGUGUCACAUGUAAGAUAUCAUUAGUCAAAGGGCCCCCAACAACCCCUACAGUUGUUGUCUUUGUAAUGUCUCUUUGUGGUCAUUUAAUGUCCUUUUGUGGUCAUUUUGUGUCUUUUAGUGGU